UGUGCGCGCCGGACCCAAAAGGGGGUGUCGGGCCGGAGGUGGGAGUCGCGGCGGGGGAGGCGGGUCCACACCGACCCCGCCCCGCGACCCAACGCAAUGGCGCAACGGCGUCCACUGGCUGGGGCUCCGGGGGUCCCAGCCAAUCCGGCCGGGAGGGUCGUGUUUUUCCUGGGCUGGGACCCUCGAGACACAGAAGCGAGGGGUUCCCCGGACGCAGCCACAAGCACAACUGAUCCAGUGACCCGCUGACAACAGCCUGGAGCCGCCGCCUUCGUGGAUGUUGGGUAUUGAUUGCCCAAAGCCCUGCAAGGGGAGAUGGCCAACGCCACCCUUCGACCCGCGCUUUCCCAAGCAGAACCAGACCCGUAACUGCUACCAGAACUUCCUGGACUACCAUCCCUGCGUCAAGAGGAUGAACCGCCGCGGGAAAAGCACACAGCCCUGCGAGUAUUACUUCCGCGUGUUCCACGCGCCGUGCCCCAUGAGCUGGGUGCAGCGCUGGACCGAGAUCAAGGACGGGACUUUCGCUGGCAAAAUCUAACGGCCUGAGGGCGGCUUCUCCGAGGGAUCAGUAAUCAGCGUCAUCACCCCCGAUUCUCUCGUCUUCCGGAGAAUGGGCCCCACCACCCCAAACCCCGCCCCAUCUUUAAGCCGCAAAUAAAGCUAUGUUAUUGCUGAUA